AUGCAGACCUUUCAUCAAUAUGUUUCUCCGGAAGAAAGUGUUCGAAAUGCUGCGGUUGAAGCUGAUAAAUCACUCACGGAGUACGGUAUUGAAGUAUCAUCUAGAAUGGAUGUCUAUAAAGCUUUACUUGCUGCUCAAAAAGCUACAGACAUAUAA